GUAUGUUUGAUAACCUAAUUCAGUACUUAAAACUGAAUAGGUUAAGUGAAAAUAAAAUAAGUUGGUUUGAUAACCACAAAAGAGUCCACUGAACACGCUCAGUGAAAGUAAAGAGUUAAGAGUAAAAAAAUAAGUAGGUCCCCCCUACUUAUCACUUAUCGUUGAACACGCUCAAUGUGAGCCCGAUGUUUUCUUUUCUUUUUUUUCUUUUUCUCACGUCUUCGUUCUCUUCCUUGCCCUCGCCUCCCAUUUUGACCCCACAAAUGACGAAGACCCAUCUCCAGGGAUGGCUUCUGGAGAUGCUGCUAGAGCAAAUUGGAAAGAUCCAGAUCUCUAUAAACUUUUUAUAGAUUUGUGCUUGAAAGAAUCUACGGAGAAUGGUAAAAUGGCGGUAGUUAAAAAAAGAAAGUUGGGACAGGAUUCUAAUAGCUUUGAACAAAGAGAAGGUCUCAACUUAACUCAAAAACAGGUGAAAAAUCAUUGGGAUUUUUUGAAAUCAAAAUAUGGAGAGUAGUCAAAGAUAAUCUCAAAAACUAGUAACGGUUACGAUCCUGUAACUAAUACCGUCAACUGGAGUACAGAGGAAUGGAGUGAGUACAUACAGGCCAACCCCAAUGCCAAACAGUUUCGAUAUACUAGAUUACAAUAUUCGAACAAGUUAAAAGCAUUAUUUGACAGUGUUAGAGCAACAGGAAGAUUUUCAUGGGGACUGUCAAAAGAAGGGUUUCCUACUUAUGGCACUCUGUCACAAUCACAAACGUACAUUAAUCUUGACAUUAGAUCUCUUGAGACACCUUCUUCGCCAAAUGGUGGCGUGGAAAAACAUGGUAAUAAAUGGCAAAAGAAAAACAAGUCAUCCGAUGAUCUUGAUAAACAACUGCUUGAAGCUCUUCACACUUUACAAAGUUUUGAUGGGCCCACACUAGAAGAAUGCAAUCGUAUUCUAGAUGAUAUGCAACGUUUUGAUAUGAGCGACCCAUUAUAUAUAGUUGCAUGUAGCAUUUUUUGCGAGAGCAAGGCACACAGGGAGCAAUGGAUGCUAUUACAUAAAAAACGAGAAGUAGUUAGAGAGAGCUGGAUAGAGUUGAAUGGCAAGAAGUUAGAAUUACUUUGAAUUAUAGUGAAUAGGCAGUUGAUUUUGAACUUGAGACAUUGCUUGAGCUUGUUCUUUCUUUUCUUUUUCUUUUUGAUUACAUUUAGGAAUGGGUUUGCUUGGAAAUUGGAAUUGUUUUUGUUAUAAAGUUUAAUAUUUAUACCUUUGUAUUUUUUGGUUGACAUGUCAUUAUAUUUAUCUCAUCUUUAUCUAAUUAAGUACUUGCAAUGUUUGGCGCAGCAUGUUGUCUGAUAAGCAAAAGAGUGCAUUAAAGAUUAUCACACUUAUUUUGAUCAUCAAAAUAUUGAGGACAAAACGUAUUGGAAGAAGGCCUAAUACUGACUCUAUGCUUACCGAACCUAGAUAUAUGAAAGAACUUGUAACAAGAAACCCUGCACAUUGUCAGGAAAUGUUACGGAUGAAAAUAGAAACAUUCGUAUGUAUGUGUCAUCACUUUCGUAUUAGAGGAGGGCUUCAAAAUAGUCGUUACAUAUCUGUAGAAGAAAAGGUCCCAAUGUUUCUCAUAGCAUUGAGUCACAAUAUACGGAAUCAUUUUGUCAAAAGAAGAUUCAAUCAUUCAACACAAACAAUACAUAGGUAUUUUUAUGAAGUAUUGCAUGCAAUGCUGAACUUCUCAAAAGAGAUGAUUGUUGACACACCUUAUGAUCAGCUGGCACAUCAAAUACGAGAGAACCGUCGUAUUAGACACAUAUUUCAGGGUGCGGUAGGUGCGCUUGACGGAACUCUAAUUUCAGCAGUUGUGCCACGUGACCAACAAAUUCGAUACAGAGGACAAGGAAGGGGAGAAUGUUACCAAAAUGUGCUUGCUAUAUGUGACUUUGAUAUGUUGUUUACAUUUGUGUGGGAUGGUUGGGGAGGGGUAGCACAUGACUCACGGGUGCUAAGAGAAACUAUGAGUGAUCCAGCUAACAACUUUCCAAUUCUUCCUCCAGGAAAAUACUUUUUAUGUGAUGCAGCAUAUACUCAUACACAUAGAUUUAUGGCACCAAACCGAAAUGUGUGGUAUUGGUUAGCUGAUUUCCAAAAUGGUUGGCAUCCUAGGAAUAAAGAAGAGCGAUUCAACCUUGCACAUGCGAGGUUACGGAAUGUGAUUGAGCUUGCUUUUGGAGUUCUGAAGUCUCGUUUUCCAAUACUAAAAAGGAUGUCAUCAUAUCCUUUUGCAGUACUAAGAAAUAUGGUGAUUGCUUGCAUAACCAUGCAUGAUUUUAUUCGGAGGACUUGCAUUUCAGAUCAAUUUCUUGACGAAUUCAACGUUCCAAAUGCUUCUUAUGGCAAUGCUCAACAUCAUGUGGAUAAUUUCGAAGCAGGUGGAGGAUGAACCCAAGCUGAUCAAAUUUUUAUGCUCACCUUACUAGAGCAAAUUGCAAUGCAAUUGAAUUCUAUAAACUACUCUUGAGUGUUAAAUUUGAUUUUGCUACUUUAAUAUUUGAUGAAGUUUCAAUGAUCAACAAUAUUUUGAAUAGUUUUUUAGUGUCUUUCUAAUAUUUUGUAUAUAAUGUUAUUAUUUUGAUAGCGGUAUCUCUGUCUAUAUAUAUAAUUGAUUAUGAUUUACUAGUCAUGAAUGUAUGAAGGGUAAAUUUGGAAAAUUAAUGACUUUCAGACUUAAGCUCACUGGACAAAUCAAACAGCUUAUUUAAUUCAGUGCUUAAAAUUCAGUACAUAUCAAACAGCUUGUUAGCUUAAACAAUUCAGUAUUCAGUUUCAAGUAC